UUUUGUUGAGGCCUAUCACAGAGAAGGUUCUCUCAGAUUCUGCAUUUGAGUGUGAUAGGCAGAGCACAAGCUGUGCCACUUUCACAAAUCUUUGGAGCCUGGGUGCACCUAUGAAAUGGCUCUUCAUGGCACUCAGGUUUGCCCAUAUGAUGUCCAUUCGGUGGAAUUCUUUCUCCCCAUCCUUAUUGACAGUUUUCCAGACCCCUUCUGGGAUGUCGGUGUCUUCUAGCAUUUGAAAUCCAGGAGCUCCUCACCCAUGCUGUCCUGUUCUCUGGCAUCGUCAAAUGGCAGAAGGUGAAAAAAAGUUUAAAAAAAAUAAAUAAAUAAAAAAGCUCAAAUGUCAUCACUAGUUUUCUUCAAUAUUAUGAAAUUCUGUAAAUAAAAUUGCAACUAAUUCAUCACCACCAACUUAGCCAAACAAGACAAAAAAACAAAACACAUUUUAAUUACAAAAUCCCUCUCUCUCCCUGUUUAACACCUCAGAAGUAUCCUCUCUUACCCAUUACAGCAGCUGGUGGAGUCAGCCACCACUCCAAAUCACUCACACUCACUUUUUUCAUUAAAAAAAAAAUUAACAUAUUUAGUUAAUUAUUCACCUGGCAGUUGGUUUUCUUGUCCUGGAAGGUCAACAUUUUCUAAACUAAAAGUUACAGGCUUCAGGAACUUUGACAUCAGCUUUUGUAUGAAACUCUUUAUCUGAAAUACAGAGAUAUUAACCUCCCAAAAACAACUGUACAAACCAGUUAACUGACAUCAUGAAUACACUAACUGAAAUGGUGAAAUCACAUACCUGCCCAUGAAGGAGAUAGAAACAUGGAUCUUGUCUCUGGAAUAACAGAUUAAACUCAGUAAAUGUAGGUAGAUGUACGUAGAUGUACUUGAUAUCAGAGGAGAACUUCAGUGGUUGGAUCCUCAAAAUGGGUACGGAGUCGCACAAAUCUGGGUUGCCUUUCAUCUACAAAACAAGUACAGCCACCUGAUGCUUAAAUGCAGUACCUCCAUGUACUUUGUGUCACAAAACACACAGAACACUAUUCUCAAAGUACAAUAAAUGCAUUAAGCAAGGAUAACUUGUCAUUAAGCAUGUCCUAUCUCUUUCUAAUUUAAUGCAAAAAAUGUAGAAAUUAUAUUGUCAGCAAUAACUUGAGGGAAAUGUAAAAACUUAGAAAUACACUGCUCAAAAAAAUAAGGGAACACUCAAUCAUUACAGUAUAACACCAAGUUAGCUGAACUUCAGGGAUAUCAAUCUGUCCAGUUAGGACGCAUAAGUAAUUGUGAAUCAGUUUGACCUGCUUUGGUGCAACUGAAAGUGACAACAGGUGCACUGGAGAGGCAACAGUAGGACAACCCCCAAAAAGGGAAUGGUUUUGCAGGUGGUGGCCACAGACAAUUGCUCUCUCCUUAUCCUUCCUGACUGAUUUGUCUCUAGUUUUGUGUUUUGUUAGGGUCCUUAGAACUACUUGUGUCAUGAGGCAGUACCUGCACCCCCGUCAGUUUGCACGGGUAGUCCAACUCUUCCAGGAUGGCACAUCCAUACAUGCCGUCGCAAGGGGGUUUGGUGUGUCCCCCAAUACAAUUUCAAGAGCAUGGAGGAGAUACUGGAAGACAGGCCAUUACACGAGGAGAGCUGGACAGGGCCGUAGAAGGGCAAGAACCCUGCAGCAGGACCGGUAUCUGCUCCUUAUUGCGAGGAGGAACAGGAGGAUCACUGCCAGAGCCGUACAAAAUGACCUCCAGCAGGCUACUGGUGUGCAUGUUUCUGACCAAACUGUCAGUAACAGACUCCAUGAGGGUGGCAUGAGGGCCCGAUGUCCUCUAGUGGGACCUGUGCUCACAGCCCUGCACCGUGCCGCUCAACUGGCAUUUGCCAGAGAACACCAGAAUUGGCAGGUCUGCCAUUGGCACCCCGUUCUCUUCACGGAUGAGAGCAGGUUCACACUGAGCAUAUGUGACAGACGUGAGUCUGGAGAUGCCGUAGGGAACAUUAUGCUGCCUGCAGCAUCAUCCAGCAUGACCGGUUUGGCGGUGGGUCAGUGAUAUCUGGGGAGGAAUAUCCUUGGAGGGUCGCACAGACCUCGGUAGCUAGCCAACGGUACCCUUAUUGCUGUUAGGUACCGGGAUGAAAUCCUCAGAGCCAUUGUCAGACCUUACGCUGGUGCAUGACAAUGCCCGGCCUCGUGUGGCCUGAAUGUGUAGGCAGUUUCUGGAUGACGAAGGCAUUGAUGCCAUUGACUGGCCCUCACUUUCCCCAGACCUGAAUCCAAUUGAGAACCUCUGGGAGGUUAUGUAUCGGAGCAUCCAAAGCCAUCAGUUAGCACCACAGACUGUCCAGGAGCUCACUGAUGCCCUGAUGUAGGUCUGGGAGGAGGUCUUCCAGGACACCAUCUGCCAUCUCAUCAGGAGCGUGCCCAGAUGUUGUCGGGAGUGCAUACAGGCACGUGGGGGCCAUACACGCUACUGACUUACAUUAUGAAUUGCCAUGAUGAAAUUAAUCAAUUUUUUACUUUGAUUUUCGGUGUAUUUUUGAAUCCAGCCCUCAAUGUGCUGAAGACUUUGGCUUCCAUUAGCCAUUGUGACAUCACUUUGUUCUCAACAAAUUACAAGUGUAUAUAAGUAAAGAUUUUCAACUUGAAUGUUUUGUUCAUCGAGAUCCAGUGUGUGAUUUAAGUGUUCCCUUAAUUUUUUUUUGAACAGUGUAUUUUCAUGGAUUUCAGAAACUCUAGUAAUUGCUAUGCCCCCCUUUAACAGCAUUCACUCAAGCUGGCAUAGACCUCACAAAUUUAUGUAAAACCCGACGAUCCAUGUUAAAUCCAUUUCACUGUUAUCUGAACAUGCGCUUCAGUGACAAGGACAAGACUCAGGGAAAAUCUGGCCUUUUGUACAAAGGUACAUGGUCAAUAUCACAAUCAAAAAUUUAUUUAAAGUAUCAAUACCAAUAGUGCUAUUGUUUUAAAUAGUGUUAUUGUUAGAAAUAGUGCAGUAUAUUGAAUAUCCAAGAUAUUGAUCAUUUUCCUUUCUUUGGUUAAAAAUCUUUUACAUUCUAAAACUUUUUCUAGUUUUAAAUGGAAAAAAAAUAUCCCAGAUUUUCAAUGUGGUCCCAGGCUUUUAGACCUCACAGUAUGUGUAUAUACACUCACUAUCCACUUUAUUAAGAAUAUCUGUACACCUGCACAUUCAUGCAGUUAUCUAAUCAGCCAGUCAUGUUGCAGCAGCACAAUGCAAAAAAAAAAAAAUCAUACAGAUACAGGUCAAGAGCUUCAGGUAAUGUUCUCAUCAAACAUCAGAAUGAAGAAAAAGUAUGAUCUCUGUGGCUUUGAUCGUGGCAUAUUUGUAAGCAUUCAGACUGUGCAGAGGGGUUUCCUGUUGGUGUUUUGAUAUGUUUGAGUAUUUCAUAUUGAGUAUUUCAUAAUUUAAAAAGUAUUUCUUAAACUCUGUUAGUCUCUGUUUACCUGACUUGAACACUGUUUCCAAUAGUAAUUAUUUUUUAGUACAGCUACCUGCUCAACCCAUAGGUGCACAAUGUAGAGCCUUAAACAGCUGACAGAUGGCGUGCUACUUCUUAUACUUACUGCAAGGAAGUAAAGCAGACUAACUUUUGCAGACAAAACUGGCUAUCUAACUUGGUUACUCUCGUAACUUUAACACUGAGUGCUAAUACUGAUGAAGUUCUCCACAUUCUGUUAUAAAACGUCUUUGAGGACAAACUAAAACUCAAAAAAAGAAAACAAAAAACAAUGUUGCCAACUAACAUCCAUCCAGUCAGCACAGCUGUGGUACUUGCCUGUCAGUCAUGUGUCAUGAACAUAUGCAUGCAUGGAUUUUGGGGUGUGGCUCAACAAUAUGUCUUCCUAGUCUGUCAUGUACACAUACGCAGUAGUUUGAACUUGAUGUUUGUAAUACAGCAAAAUCCCUAAUGAGUAUUAUCUUGCAUGUAUGCACUGCUUAGAAUAUUUAGAAUUUCCAAAGUGCAAUGUAAGUUGUAUUUCUCUUUUCUUCUUGUUUGCUCCUUGUGCCCAUGAAUUUGUUUGAAGUACAUAUUAAAAAUGUCAUGUGUGGGUGCAUGUGCGUGCAUGCAUGUGAAUGUGGAGUUUAUGCAUUUAAUGCACUUACUAGGUCAUGAAAUAGGCUUGAGUUUGAAAUAUUGGAGUGGUAAAAGGUAUUUUAUCUUUCCUGUGCAGUGUGGCUUUUGUAGCUUAGGGAGUGUUUAGAUAAGUUUUUAAAAAAGGGUUUCCUUUUAUGUACCUAUUUGGCUUUAUAAUAAACGUUUAGGUUUGUUUCUUAUUGUUACUAAGUGAUCUCAUAUCGCUAAGUAGAGAAUGAUGUCAUCAGUUAUUUAUGUGUCUGAAAACCUCUCUGUGUUUUGAAAUCUUGCCUUUUUGCCAGAACAAUUCUCAUGAAUUGUCAUUCACUUAAGGCAGCAUAAUUCGUGUUUUAAUGCAUUUGUGUACCAGUUGUGUAUCUAGUGGGAGAACACAGGCACAGCAGUAUGGCUGUAGCACAUGUAUCACUUCAUACUCUCUCUCCCUCUCCCUGUCCCUCUCUCCCUCUCUCCCUAUCCCCUGCCUCUCUCUCUCUCUCUCUCUCUCUCUUCAUAGUGGCCUUUUUGAGUACUGACAUCACAGAGCCCUGUAAUAUGAAAAUGAGCACUUUAACAAACCACAGUUUUUUAUUUGUAAGCAUUCAGACCGUCCAGUGAAGUUUCCUGUUGGUGUUUUGAUAUGGCAUUUUGAAUGGCAGUGAAUGUGUAGACAUAAAUAUUACAGUGUGUAGUAACAUUGUGAUUUAAUUGUGAAAGAUGCUCCUGUUUUUGCUUGUCUGUGUGGAUAUGCAGACAAGGUCGAGAGGGAGCGAUUGAUUGAUGGGGUGAGGGUGACGCAGGUGAGGGCAGGUUUAAGUCUCAAUAGGUACAGAUGUAUGUCUGUUUCUUCCCAGUCUCUUUCUUGUAUCCUUCACCCUCUGCUCUUAUCUCUUUUGUGUUUACUCCAGCCACGCCCCCCUCUUUUUCUGCUCUGCAUGAUGGAGCCGCUUGAUUUGUUUGUUUCUACAGUUGGCCCCAAAAAGGAAAAUGAUGAUAAUUUUCUGUCCCACUACCUCUAACCUCAUUUUGUGAGAGGCAGCAGGCAGUAACAGGAGUCUCUCCUUCAUUGCUCAAUUGCGAUACCAAGUGCCACUGCCAGAUGCCCAGUGCUGUUAGAGGCCUGUGUAGGGUGCUGUGUGCUACUGACAGGAGGAGGGCUCCAACCUGCAGCUAUUAAUACCACCACCAAUAGAAUCUUUGGGGAGAGCUUAUCCUCUUACGUUGGCUGGAUAGUACAGGAGGGAGGGGAGAGAUAGAGGCAGUGAGACACAGAGAGCAGCAGGAGCUCUGACGCAGUUUCAUUUCUGAAGAAUUCUCCUUUACAAUAUAAAAAGAAGAACAAAACAAAUGUGUAACUCAUAGUUUUGUUUCUUUUCUCUUUCCUUUUGUCUCUCUCUCUCUCUCUCUCUCUGUCUCUCUUGCUUGCUCCUUUCUCUUCAUCUCUCUCUGUCUCUAUCAGUUUCCUUUUUACACUCUCUCGCUUGGCACCACAUACUUACUUGCCAGAGGGCAUGUAAUGCUAUUAGCUUUGUACCCAUAUGUUUUUAUGUGACCCUGUCUACGUACAUGCUGGCUCCAGGGCAGCAAGCUGAUAUAUAAGCACAGUCCUCAGUUAGGAACCUUUUUCUCUUGCUUGCUCACCAUGAACACACUGCCAGGCUUGUUUGGAGCCAGGAUCUCAGGCUGCUGGGCUUUAAGGGCAGACAGAAGUGGGGGAGGUGAAGGCUCUCUGGACAGGCUUCUCCCAUCUGUCAACACAGGUCUGUCACCACGCAAACGAACCACCAGCCAAUGCAAAUCAGAGCCCCCCCUGCUGCGCACAAGCAAGAGAACCAUCUAUACAGCGGGUCGUCCACCCUGGUACAACGAACAUGGCACCCAGUCCAAAGAAGCAUUUGUCAUUGGUCUUUGUGGAGGAAGUGCUUCUGGUAAAACAACAGUAGCCCGGAAGAUAAUUGAAGCUUUGGAUGUUCCUUGGGUUGUGCUCCUUUCAAUGGACUCCUUUUACAAAGUCCUUUCAGAUGAAGAACAGUUGCUAGCUGCAAGCAAUGACUAUAACUUUGACCACCCGGAUGCAUUUGACUUUGACCUGCUUGUCUACACACUCCGAAAACUUAAACAGGGCAAGAGUGUGAAGAUCCCAGUGUAUGACUUCACUACACAUGGCCGUCAGAAAGAGUGGAAAACUGUGUAUGGUGCCAGUGUCAUUAUAUUUGAAGGAAUCAUGUCCUUUGCAGAUAAGGAGUUGUUGAAGUUGUUGGACAUGAAAAUAUUUGUGGAUACAGAUUCUGACAUACGGCUGGUACGGAGGCUUAGGAGAGACAUUUCUGAGCGUGGUCGAGACAUUGAAGGAGUUAUCAAACAGUACAACAAAUAUGUAAAGCCUGCGUUUGAACAAUAUAUAGAGCCGACCAUGAGACUAGCAGAUAUUGUUGUGCCACGAGGGGGUGGGAACAUGGUAGCUAUUGAUCUGAUUGUUCAGCAUGUGCACAGUCAGCUGGAAGAGAGGAAACUCCGCUGGGAUAUGGCGGCGCUGGCCUCUGCCCAUCAAGCUCAGCCCCUACCCCAAACUCUCUGUGUUUUGGAGAGCACGCCGCAGGUCCGCGGUAUGCACACCAUUAUCAGGAAUAAAGAAACAAGCAGAGAUGAGUUCAUCUUCUACUCCAAAAGGCUGAUGAGACUCCUCAUUGAGAGAGCACUCUCCUUCCUUCCAUCUCAGGUUCGUGUUGUUCACACCCCACAAGGCCAGGACUAUGAAGGAAGGACCUUUCAAGGGAAGAGGGUCACAGGGGUAUCCAUCCUCAGAGCAGGAGAAACCAUGGAGCCUGCACUCAGAGCCGUCUGCAAAGAUGUCCGUAUUGGCAAGAUUCUAAUCCAGACCAAUCAGGACACAGGAGAGCCUGAGUUGCAUUACUUGCGUCUGCCCAAAGAUAUCAGCGAGGACCAUGUGAUCCUUAUGGACUGUACUGUGUCCACUGGUGCAGCGGCCAUGAUGGCAGUACGAGUCCUACUGGACCAUGAUGUACAGGAGGAUAAAAUUCUGUUGGUGUCUCUGCUGAUGGCUGAGAUGGGGGUCCACUCAGUAGCCUAUGCCUUUCCUCAGGUCAAAAUAAUCACCACUGCUGUUGACAAAAAGGUCAAUGACCUUUUCCACAUUAUUCCUGGCAUAGGGAACUUUGGAGAUCGGUACUUUGGCACUGAUGCACCGCCUGAUUGGAGUGACGAAGACAUGGAUGAGCCCAGCUGGUAAUAGCUACACUGAUCCUGCUGAUUUUGAGCCAUGUGGACAGGACUUUACAAUUAAUGCACUACAGACCUAAUGGGUCUGACUUUCAAAAUAUAGUUAUAUACCACAAGCAGUUGUCAAAUAUUUUAUAUAAUUUUUAAUGUCUUGGAAAUAUAGCAUAUUGAAGUUUUUAAAAAUGUGAACAUUUAUUUAAAAAAAUAUUGAAUUGUAUAUUAAAAUGUCUGUGGUAUUGUUCUAUGACAAUUUUACAAUAUUGUUUUAUUGUCAAGUGAAUGUGAUUAUUUAUUUUUAGUAAGUUGCUUUUAUGCUUCAUUUUCUUUCUUUUGUUUGUUUCUGUUUAGAGUUACAGCUUUCUGUAAACACAUUGAAAAACAGGUCUACCGCACAAACUGAGCUCUUGUAACGACCACUUCAUCGGAAAAUGUGUGUGGGCGUUGUUUCUUUAACUUGGUUUCCCCUCUACCUGCAAAAAAUUGCUGACCAAACCAUGAUAGUCCGUUAAUGUUGGGCUUGACCUUUUUAGAACAGUGAACUGAGUUUGUGGCCUACAAAUAUAUAUCUGCUUUAUUUUUUAUUUACAAACAUGCCUAAAUUUAGGUGAAAAUGAGAACUGGUCCGUCCUCAUCCUGCUGAGCAUGAUUUAUCAGGGUGUUUUUUUUGUGUGUGUGUGUGUGUGUGUGUGUGUGUGUGUGUGUGUGUGUGUGUAAACCUUUGUAAACACUUCCUUAUACAAGUCUGAAGUACAAGAAUUGAAUUUGGCACUUUCUAGAGCUGUGACACAAUAGCAAGGCAAAAUAGCAAAGCAAAAUUUGUACUAGAUAUUUCGUCCAAAAAAAAAAAAAAAAAAUGAGUGAAUUAUGUGGUGACUUUUUCAAGAUAUAUUCUGUACAUAUACCUCAUGUAAGGUAUACAUACAGAAUGUAUCUUGGAGUACAAUUGUACAGAUUUUUUUCAUAUAUAUAUAUAUAAUAUAUAUAUACACACACACUCACACUCACAUACACACAAUAAAUACAAACACACUGAUAAGGGGUUCCUCGACAGUUCUUUGGAUGAUUCUAACUUUACCCAUAAUGUAGACUUAAUUAAGAUCAACAACCUUCCUGUGAAUAUUUUGGUAAAGAAAGACCACGUGUGUUCUGUGUACAAGUGCAAGCAUGUCUGACUUAUCCUCAGCAUUGAAUAAUUAUCAUAAAUAGUACUGACUUUUUAUAUUAUUAACUUAUAUAUAUAUAUAUAUAUAUAUGUCAGUUAUAAUGUCAGUACUAAAUAGCACUUUAUAUUAUAACUGAUUACAUUAUAACUGAGACAAAAUUUGCUUGUCAUUGUGUCACUUGCAAGAUGCAAAAAAAUUAACUAAAAAGCCAAAAGGAAGUUUAAAUCUGGUGAAGUCCAGAUCAGUUUUCUUGUUUUUAUACAGGCUCAUAGGUUUCAUAUUACUAAAAGACAGGAAAAGGCUUUUUACUCUGAAAGCGCCAUAUAUUUUUCCAUUAUGGCAUGUCCAAUGAUUAUGUAUACAUAUGUACAUAUUCCUGCCUUUUUUAUAUGUGAUGCAGCGUUUCUUGAAAAGCAUUUGCAUAUCAACAGGCUUAUGUUAAAUAUGUAGCUUGGAAUCGACCGUACAUAUUCAACCCAGUACAAUAUUCUUGUAACACACUUUUAUUUUGAGUAAUCUGAAUAAUAAAAAUGUCAUCUGUUUAUAAUAAAGCAUUUAUUAAUUUAUUUUUCAUUUAUUCAAAUGAACUAAAACUAUUAAUGUGAAAAACUGUUAAUGUGAGUGAUUUGCUCUAUGGUUAUAUAAUUAUGUAAAUGAACCACAUGGAAAUGUAAGUUUUAUUUUUAAAGUCUCCCUUCAUAUAUGCAGAACACACCACCAAAAACCAGCCCUAUUAAUUACCUGACUUGCUGUAGAUACAGGAGGAAGAAACUGUAAGUUCGUGUAUGGAAGGUACAUUAGGCUUUUUUCAUCCUCUGGGUCAGAACAACAUAACUUGGUGUUAAUUUAUCAGGUAAGAAUGAGUUCAUGCUUCAGAAAUUUAGAUUUCAAAAUCAAACUAUUUUUGUUAAUAUAAAGCUUGUGUUAGAAACUAUAACUGUAUAUAUAAAAAAAAAGAUCUGUCUUAAAUGUCUCCAAAGAGAUUUAUUUUUAUUUUUUUCUUUAUCUGCAUCAUAUUGCUUGGGACUGUAAGAUAAAUGGAAUUAAAGAGUUUAAAUUUAACCUGUGUCUGUAGAAAUUUGUGUAUUUGAUUGUUUAAAAAAAACCCACACAUUUCAUUAUUGCAUGUGUGACCAUAAAUAACUGUUAAGCUGCUGUCAUGAUGUACACUUUUAUCUCUUUUAGUCAUGGCAUAUGACAUAUAUUAUACACAGGUAUAUGAUAUAUCUUUGUUUUAAACAAACAUGCUGUGGAUAGUAAGACAAGACAUUAAUGUUUCAAAUACACAGGAAGGAUACUGUGGUUGUCCUCUGCUCAUGGAAACUAACCUAGCUAUCUUUCAACAGUUUCCAUAAUUAAGUUCUUUCUGAACAACUAUAACUGAAAAGUGAUCAUGCAGCUGAAAGUCAUCUUAGUUAAAAAGGGCCAGUUGAGGGGAUAUUGGGUAAGAUGUGUGAAGAAGUUACACUUCUAAGUAAAACAGAGCUUCUAAUCUGCAAAAAUAGAAUGGUUAAUGCUAAAUGUAGCUAUAAGGGCAAAUGUGUAAAAUCUGGUAAUGUAUGGUCCAUUUUCUGUGUGAAGUUAGUAGAUGACGCAUAGUAGAGAACAAUGAAGCUGUGGGAAAUCUACAUCUUGCCAGUUUUAUACUGGAUUUAAAUGUCCUCUUCUAUUAGGAUAUCUUAUUGUUAACACAGAUUUUUUUUUUAAAAUAGAUGUUAUAAAGCACACUUUUAAGUUGGAAAGGCUGUGCUGAAUGAAUUUUUUCUCAAGGCCUUCAAUAUUAAGAUGUCAUGGAAAGUUUACCACAAGCUAGCUCAUAGUGACAAACAGGAAGGAGGUGCCUGUUUGUAUGUGGCAGCACUCACAUCCCCAAUAGCAGUGUCAGGCCCAGCAGGCCACAGAUUGGUGAUGUGUGAGUGAGUGUGUAUAUGUCUCUAUGUAUGGCCUGCAUACUAAAGAGAGAAGAAAGGGCUGGCGUGUUCUGAAUUCUGUCUCUCUUACUGUGGACCGAUGUGCAUGUCUCAGUGUUCUCUAUAAAUAACUGGUGAGUGUCUUACAACUACCCUUAUAACAAGAUUAAGUACUAUAUAUUUUGCAAGUUCUUUUGUGAGGAUUUAAGAUCCUAAAUAGCUCAGAAAACAAGUGCUCAGGUUUUGUUUUCAAUUGAGAUGUACACUGGGCACACUUGAAUUAUUAAGCUGACUUUUACUGCAUCAUGUUAGUCAAAGUAUAAUGCUUGUGAGGUGUGUUCAUCCUGGAUCAAACAUGGUGAAUAAUUCAUAUGUGGAGAAAUUCAUGAGCAUUAGCUAAAGUAUAAAAAGAACUACAGUAGAUGUUAUGGUUAGCCUGGUGAUGAAGAAACAAAUAUUACAGUGCCAACCAACAGAUCCAUGACACGUUUCAUGCAUUUUUCAUGCGUGAAACACGUCAUGGAUAAAAGGCUUUUUCAUUCAAUGUUACCAUGAGUCCAUUAAGCGGUUAAGUGAUGAUAAUACAAUAAUAGUACAGUACGCUGAUCAAUUAUUUGUGUUAAGCAGUAAUUUGUUUAAAUCCACUGGUUUACUGUCCUCAAGGAGGAAAUGUUAUACAAUGUAUGAAAUGUGUAGAUAACACAAUGCAAUAAGAAAAUAGCAAAUGUCAGUUUAUUAAUUGUUAAUAUUCAGCAUACUUAUUUAUAGUUCAAAUUAAUCAUUUGUAAUUAAUUUCAAGAAGUGAAAAAGAAAAAAGCAAAGUAUUUGUAUACAAUCACAUUGUUGAUGAUGAAAAUAUUUUUAAUAAAUAAAUUCAACCAAUGGAAAACUGCAAGGUAAUUAUAAUCUUAUAAUUUGUCACCUCUCCCACCAAAAUCAGUGUUAAAUUAAAUAACUGUCCUCCAUUGUAUUUGAUGUUGCAAAUACUAAAAGGAAUUAAAACAAUAUUAUUAAGAAGAGCAGCUUUGUUAUCAUAUGCAUUUUAUUGUUUUCUCACAGGUAGCAGGGUGUGGAUCUCGUUGCUCAUUUGUGUCAAAGCUCUUAAAGGUUUACUUUGGAAGUGGGGAGUGGCUUCGGUUCCUCACUGUGUCUGGGCAGCACUUUCAAGGACUGUCAAACCUGAGAAUGCUGAAGUUUUGGGUCAAUCUCAGGUUCGUCAGCCCAUGAAAAGCUGUCUCCAUCCAAUCCUAGUAAGAGCAGUAAAGUUUUAGGGUUUUUUAAUGUGUCAUUUUUAGUGACCUGAUUACUGAUUUCAGAAAGGUUAUGUUGUUUUAUAGUCUGGACAUAUGAAACAGUGAAUCAUCUAUCUAUCUAUCUAUCUAUCUAAAAUUAUUAAUAUACAUUUUGCAUUACAAUAUAGAUGUCAUAUAAUUAGACCUACUUUUCUUUUGUGUAUGAAUUUACUUGUUAUGAUUAAUGUGCAUGAUGUUUUAUUUUGUGACAAUUAUCACUUUGUACUAUUUCUUAAUGUUGAAUGUUUAUAUUUUUGCUGCAAAUGGAAAGAUUUGUUUAAUCAAGUUGUUUAAACUGUCCAUUUCCAUUAUGAGUAUGAUGAUAUGGAUAGGUAUUAAACUGCCAAAAUAAAUUAUGUAUGCAUUUUU